AUGGCGAUUCCACAACCUCAAGUCAAUGCUAAUGUGCCCCCACUUGACCAGCAAGUACAACCGCAAUAUGCAGGUAAUCCACUGGGAUUAUCAACCGCGGCCACCCAGCUAAUUCCAAUUUUUGCGGGUGACGAAUCGGUGCGAACCUUCUUAGGAUACGUUGAAGAUGUGGCAGAAUUGGAAGGUUGGACCGAAUUGCAAAAGGUCAAGGUAGCGAAGCUCAAAUUACAAGGGGCUGCUCGUCGAUUGGUAGAAUGGAACGAGGAAUUAAAGAACCCUAACUGCACUUGGAACCAAUUAAAAAAUGCGUUGAUUAAUCGAUUUGAAAGUAAAGUAACCCAGGUAGACCAUCUACACCGUUUUCGACUCUGCGUACAACGAGCAGGUGAAUCAGUCACCGAAUUCGCGGAACGGUUACAAAUGUUAGGAGCAGCUACAAUCAAGAGAACUGCGGAUCCUAAUCAAAAUGAUUGGAUUAGAACACAUCUGCGUGAAGAAUGUUUAAUGCAAUUCAUCGAAGGCCUAGCAAUGCCCAUCCAACAAAGGGUCAUGUCAGCGGCACCAAGAACUUUUGAAGACGCGGUCGAAAUUGCCCUCCGAGAGGAACAAAUCGAAAACAGAUUGCGACGAAAAACUUUACAACGAGCAAUUGAGGCCGAGGAAUUUAAAUUACAGGGCAAGCAAGAAGAGCCUGUGCUUAAAGAACAUCUGCAAUACAUAAAAAUGCCAAAGUACAGUCGGCAAAAUGGACAACAAACCCUUAAGUGUUGGGGUUGUAACAAAACAGGCCAUAUGCAGGCGGAUUGUAAAAAUUGCUUCGAAUGCGGACAACGAGGACAUUUUAGACGCCAAUGUUACAAGUUAAAUCAACCACAAUCCGGGGUUAAAAGACAAAAUUGGAAUCGCCCACACGCCGGUAAUAAAAGCGAGGGCUGGAAUCAUUCACAACCAAGAGAUAACAGGCAAAAUUGGGUACGUUCACCCUCAGGAGAUAAAAGACAGGGAUGGACUCAGCGCAAGCCAAAUUUAAACUUCAACAGGGCCGCACCUGCCCAACAAGGGGCGGCCCGCAACUAA